UUAGUUCUCUCUCUCUCUCUCUCUCUCUCUCUCUCUCUCUCUCUCUCUCUUCACGCCAAAUUGAUCUUCUUCUGUGUUCUGCUAACACGCUUCGUUAAUUGAUUCAAAAACCCAAAACCCUCGAUCUUCUUGGCAUGGACGAGCAAGAAAAUAGUGUUCGCUCCAAGAAGCGGCCAUUGGCUUCCAUGGCCACGCCCGGUCCGUCUCCGCAGCCGCCGCCUCGAACCAAGAAGCGAGUCCCUUUGGGUGAUCUCACCAACUCCCCCGGGUUGAAUCGGGAAACUCGGAAGCCCAAACCCGCUUUGAGGAAGGAGAAGGUCGAGGAGUCGGUUGGCCCGGAGAUUGUUUCGAGUUGCGAGGUUCCUCAGAAAUCUGCUUAUGCGCCCCUUAUAUAUCUGCAUCUUCACUCCUUGGAGGUAGAGGAGAACAGGAGACCCUUGCCUGGCUACAUGGAAAAGGUUCAAAAGGAUGUUAAUCCAGCAAUGCGAGAAAUUCUAUUGAAUUGGUUGGUCGAAGUUGCAGAGGAAUACAAACUUGUCUCGGACACCCUUUUUCUGACUGUAUCUUACAUUGACAGAUUCCUAUCCUGUCAUUCUGUAAGCAGAAACAAGCUUCAGCUUCUUGGUGUUUCUUGCAUGCUUAUUGCAUCUAAGUAUGAAGAGAUUACUCCUCCCCGUAUAGAAGAUUUCUGCUACUUAACAGAUAAUGCUUAUACAAAAGAAGAGGUGGUGAACAUGGAGGGAGAUGUGCUCCGAUUUCUCAACUUCAACAUGGGCACCCCCACAACAAAAAAUUUUCUGAGGAUCUUUAUCAGGGUUGCUCAAGAGAACAGCACGAUUGGUCAUCCUCCUCAUGUAUACAAUUUGCAGAUGGAGUUUUUGGGUUGCUAUCUUGCGGAGUUAGGCUUGCUAGAUUAUGAGUGUCUGCGCUUCUUGCCAUCAACUGUUGCUGCUUCAGCCAUCUUUCUUUCUCGAUUUACAGUCCAGCCAAAGAUGCACCCAUGGAACUUAGAACUGCAAUACUCCACCGGUUAUAGACCGUUAGAACUGAAGGAAUGCGUCCUUGCCAUUCAUGAAUUGCAACUGGGAAGACGAGGACUAUGUUUUCAAGCAGUCAGAGACAAAUUUAUACAACAUAAGUUCAAGCGCGUCGCUGCGUUGUGUCCUCCCUCAGAGAUCCCUGCAAAUUAUUUCGAGGCCGUUGAUGAAAAGACCUCCAAGUCAAGCAGAGUGAUCGAUUGACAAAGCCCCAAAUGAAAGCCUUCGCUAAAGGCUGCUACGAACCAAACUACAGAAGCGGAGAAGCAAUCACUUGAAGCUGAAAUACCUUGCAACACGGCAGGCUAUGGUGAUAGCUUGCUUUCCCUUAUGUCGGUGGUGAUCGAAUAGUUUUGGUUUUGCAAUCAGAUGCAGGUAUUGUUUCGUUGGCAGUGUAAGUAAAGCAAUCACUUUUUAGUUGCUUGUGGAUGGUCAUUUUAACGAGAGUUUAUUGUCACAAUCUAACUCUUACUAAUACACAAAGUGUGAUCUCUAAAUUCUUACAAGUUACUG